UGCAGGUAGCCUUGGAGAAACCGCCUGAAUCCUGAUCCUGGGGAGAGAAAAUCCAUGGGGAGUGGAAUGAGCAAGAUUGUCACCGGCCUCUACCUGGGGAAUAUUCGAGCUUCUUCCAGAGCUCCAGAGCUGCCCCAAAUCCCCACCCCAAUUGCCAGUGACCCCAGUCUAGCCCAGGAAAGGGAUGUGGGAGCUGUGGUCUCCAGCCAUGCUGGAACACCAGGAAAUUCAUGGCAUGUUUGGAAACCUCCUCAGCAGCAAGGACACAGCAGCCUUUUCUGAGUUACCAGGACUCUGAGGACCACGAGAACCUGCUGAGGAAGGGAGUGACCCACAUCCUGUCCGUCCACAACCACGCCAAGCCCGUGCUGGAGGACAUGACCUAUCUGUGUAUCUCGGCCUCAGAUUCAUCCAGUCAAAACCUGCUGCAGCAUUUUAAGGAGUGCAUCCAGUUCAUCCACGAGUGCCGGCUCGCAGGGGGAGGCUGCCUGGUGCACUGCCUGGCAGGGGUGUCCCGCAGCUCCACCAUCCUGGUGGCCUACCUGAUGACAGUGACAGAGCUGGGCUGGGAGAGCUGCCUGGCUGCCACCAAGGCCGUGCGCUCCUACGUCAGCCCCAACCCCGGCUUCCAGCAGCAGCUGCAGGAAUACGAGAGGACGCUGCUCCAGGAGAGACAGGUGACAGGAGCGAGUGUGUGUGGAAAUGUCCCGUUUCCUGCCCAGAAUGAGGUGGAGCAGCAGGUUUCGGGAGAGCUGGAUGGGUUCCCAUCCUGUGCAGGGCAGGGAGGAUGGAGCAGAGCCGAGCUGGAUUCCAGCGGCUGGGAGAGCACUUAGUGCAGAGAUCAGAGCUGCACUUUUGACCUGGAAAGCCUUCGAAAGCAGAGGGAGAGGCCUUGAAAGGCGAAGGCAAAGACCUUAAAAAGCAAAAAAGGCUUUUGAAAGCACAGCUCCCACCUGGCUCUGCAGCUGCCUCCAGCCUCCCGCUCUGGACCGUGCUCCUUCACCCAUCCCUGGGGUCCCAAACUUCCCAUGGGACACAGACACCUCUGCAAGGAAAGGCAAGCCCUGGACAAGAUGUGUACGAGGGAUGUCACAGCUCAUGCCACCCCCAAAUUCUGUGCCACCGCUGGAAGCAGAGCCCCAAAUCCACGGUGGCAAACAGGACCCUGUGUUCCCUGCGGCUGGAACCAGCCCUGGGAAGGGAUUCCUGUGCUCGCAGGAGGGAGCAGGGACAGCACAGGACACCGGCACAAAGGCCAGCCCCUUCCCCAGCCCCGAGUUCCCUUCCCCGGGCGCUGUCACACAGGGGUGUGGCUGUGCCCCGUUAGCAGCAGCUGGCACAAACACUCGUGCAGGAGGGUGGAAAAUGCUCCGAGGGAUUACAAAACACCCGCGGUGCUGGAGAUUCCCUGCGGGGCUUCCCCUGGAUGGCCCCUCCAGCCCUUCCCACGCUCUGGCCACCGCACGGAGCCUGAUGUGGGGUUUGUCGUGUCCUCCCUCCAUCCCAGUUAUUCCUCCUGCUCCCAAAAUCCAGACUGGGCUCAAUGGACACCACAAUUUCCUUUCUUUCCCUUCGAAGCUGCUUUUCCAUCACCUCACAGUCCUGCCAGUGGCUUUGUAACCCUUUCCCUGAAACACCCAAGGUACAGCCAAGGGUGGAGGCGCUUGGAUGUGUUUUCCUGUGGGAUUUAGCAAGAGCUGCCUUUUCCUUGGAACUCCCGCCCUUGUUCCCUGUGAUGUCAGCCCUGGGCAGGGAAUGGCCCUUGUGGGGGGAAAGCUCAGGGGGAAGAGCCUCAAUUCUUGGUGGUUAAAACCUGCGAGGAACAGGUCAGACCUUCUGGGGACCUCCUGGAGCUGUGGUGCCUCAGUUUCCUUCGUCUCAGGGAGCUCAGAUGGGAGGAAGGAAUGGGGAAGAUGCUCCAGCCUCACUGCUGGAGCGUGCAGCUGUGGUUUCAAGCUGGCAAAUGGGGCUUCUCUGGGCUGGAGGGAUAAAGAAGGAAGGAAGGGACCAAGAGCAGCAGCAGGGUGAUGGGUAAGGUCAGAAAGGGAAGUCAGC